GUGCCCAACUCGACAAAGUCAUUGAAAACCGAGCAGACAGAGAGAGUGUGGAUGCGUCUCAAGGGAAUGCAAACGUACAAAAUCACAUCUCAAAGAUUGAGAUGCCUGGUGAAGCAGCUGGAGAAAGGAGAGGUGAAUGUCCUUGACCUGAAGAAGAGUGUUGAGCAAGCAGCCUCUGUUCUGGAAGCAGUUUACACUGAUGAAACAAAACGGCUUCUAGACACUGAGGAUGAGCUCAGUGACAUCAAGGCUGACUCUGUUCCCUCGGAGGUCCGAGAUUGGCUCGCAUCAACCUUUACCAGAAAGAUGGGGGUGUCACGGCCACAGCGGCCAGAGGAAAAGACGCGGUUUCGUAGUAUUGUCCACGCUGUGCAAGCUGGCAUCUUUGUGGAGAGGAUGUACAGAAGGACAUCUAAUUUGGCUGGGCUGACGUAUUCGCAAGCAGUGAUGACUGCUCUGAAGGGUGUGGACAAGUGGUCUUUUGACGUCUUUGUGCUCCAUGAAGCUAGCGGGGAACAUGCACUCAAGUUCAUGGUCUAUGAGCUCCUCACCAGAUAUGACCUCAUCAAUCGCUUUCGGAUACCUGUGUCUUCCCUGGUCUCCUUUGUGGAGGCUUUGGAGGUGGGUUACAGCAAGCAUAAGAACCCUUACCACAAUUUGAUCCAUGCUGCUGAUGUCACGCAGACUGCACACUAUCUAAUGCUCAACACUGGUGUUAUGCACUGGCUCAAUGAGCUGGAGAUUUUAGCCAUGGUGUUUGCUGCAGCUAUUCAUGACUUUGAGCACACAGGGACGACCAACAACUUCCAUAUUCAGACCAGGUCAGAAGUGGCCAUUCUGUACAAUGACCGCUCUGUUCUUGAGAAUCACCAUGUGAGUGCUGCCUAUAAACUUAUGCAAGAGGAUGGGAUGAAUGUCCUCGUCAACCUGUCGAAAGACGACUGGCGUGAACUCCGUGCACUGGUUAUUGAGAUGGUCAUGAGUACAGAUAUGUCGUGCCACUUUCAGCAGAUCAAAACCAUGAGGAGUGCUUUGCAACAGUCAGACGGAGUGGAGAAGGCCAAGGCUCUCUCAUUGAUGCUUCAUGCUGCUGACAUCAGCCACCCAGCCAAGGACUGGCCUCUCCACUACCGCUGGACACAGGCACUCAUGGAGGAGUUUUUCAGACAGGGUGACAAGGAAGUGGAAUUGGGACUGCCCUUCUCGCCUCUCUGUGACCGCAAGACAACAAUGAUUGCUCAGUCGCAGAUAGGAUUCAUUGACUUCAUUGUUGAGCCGACAUUCUCUGUCCUGAUCGAUUCUACAGUGAAGGCAAUUUCUCCUCUAAUAGAGGAAGCUGUGAUGAUGUCAGGACGCUCAGGAGUGUCCAGCAUGACAGGCACAGGCUCUGUGACAGUAGUGGAGUCUGUACAGAGACACAGUGGAGGUGGAGCUCCAUUUGACUACUCCCUGCCCAGCAUAGACUUCAGACGGGUACGCAGCAACAUGGCUGACACCAUCCAGAACAACAAGGAGAGAUGGAAAGAGCUGGCCGAGCAAGGUAGCAAAACCUUGUAAUUCAGUCCAUCAUGCAUUUUGCAGACAUACUAAAUCCCAACCUGUUUAAUGUUUUAGGAGUUUAAAUAAAGC